GUCAAUACAAUCACAUGGUCAUGAUGAAAUUCUGAAAAAUACUCAUCCUUUGUCCGCUGCAAAGUGGCACAAACAGGAACCAGGAAGUGACAGUGUGUCAGCCUCUCACCUGACCCUGGCAGGUAUAUACAGGGCCCCCGGCCCAGGAGACUCCACACCUGAACACCUCCCCUCUGCACCUGCAUCUCUGACCGACUCCGCCCAAAACCCACCAGAAACAUGGGCUGCUGUGGCUGUUCUGGAGGCUGUGGCUCCAGCUGUGGGGGCUGCGGCUCCAGCUGUGGGGGCUGCGGCUCCAGCUGCUGUGUGCCCGUGUGCUGCUGCAAGCCCGUGUGCUGCUGCAAGCCCGUGUGCUGCUGUGUGCCAGCCUGUGCCUGUUCCAGCGGCGGCUCGUGUGGGGGCUCCAAGGGAGGCUGUGGCUCCUGUGGGGGCUCCAAGGGGGGCUGUGGCUCCUGUGGGGGCUCCAAGGGGGGCUGUGGCUCCUGUGGGGGCUCCAAGGGGGGCUGUGGCUCCUGUGGCUCCUGUGGCUGCUGCCAGUCCAGCUGCUGCAAGCCCUGCUGCUGCCAGUCCAGCUGCUGCCAGUCCAGCUGCUGCAAGCCCUGCUGCUGCCAGUCCAGCUGCUGCAAGCCCUGCUGCUGCCAGUCCAGCUGCUGCAAGCCCUGCUGCUGCCAGUCCAGCUGCUGCAAGCCCUGCUGCUGCCAGUCCUGCUGCUGCAAGCCCUGCUGCUGCUCUUCCGGCUGUGGGUCCUCCUGCAGCCAAUCCAGCUGCUGUGUCCCCGUUUGCUGCCAGUGCAAGGUCUGAGGCUCUGGCUGAUGGCCUCAGGGAACUCCGAAAGACCUGUGCUUGCCCUCAAGUGACUAUAGGUACAUCCUGGUUACACCCCCCCCAAAAAAAAAAACACACACACACACAAAGCCCGCCCCCCAAACACUUCCUCUCCACUUGCUGGAUCCCUCCGGUGUCUUGGCUUAGACUUUGCCCCCAGCCCUUGUGGCAAAGCAAUGGACUACUCUCAUACACAUUCCCGACAAAGGCGAUCCCAUCCUGCAGGCCCUUUGGCCUCUCCUACUGCCAUGCCUUCACGCCUGAGCCACACUACCUGCAAAAGGCCCACAGGGCCAGGACGUGGCUCAGAUCCCCCUCUCUCAUCAUUCU